UCGCCCCCUUCCCCCAACCCACGCCACCACAACACCCACCACCAUGAAAGCCGCCUUCCGAACUGCCACACCGCCACACCACCGUCGCACAACGUACCACCGCACACAAUACCCACAGCACACAACCACUACACCAACAAUAACAAAUAAAAAUCACCCCAAAAUACCGAUUAAGCAAGGAGGAAGAAGAAACCACCCCCCAAAACCACAGUAGAGCCGCGCCGUUCAGAUUAGUGUGUCGCCAAACACCUUAGCCAACACUCACCAACAGAGACCCAUUCAACAUAAACACUACAACUAUCAACAACACACUUCCACGUCGUCACUCUUUUGCGUGCGGCGCUGCUCGUCGCCUCUUUUUCGUACGCAACGCUGGCAGAAGAAGAAGGUGAAAAAGGAAGGUCUCUCGCCCAUUCGUCUGAGCAGAGUCGUCCCGUCCUCUAGCCUCUCAAGUCUCGGCCUCUCGUCUGGAAGACGCUCUUGGUGAUGCAGAUGCAAUAUUCAAGAUGCGUUUCGAUAAUGAAAGACCAACUAUAGCAAAUAUUUAAGGCCCCAUUUUAGCUGACGUAUGCUUCUUUGAAGCAAAUAUAGAAGGUAACGGUGGGCACGUUGCAGAAAUAUGUUCGGUGAUGUGGCACGCCGUUAGUCGCCAAGCAAGAAAACCGUCUUCCAUGUCAUCAAAUAAGUUAACAGAUUUUUUAGUGAUGGAUAAAGUGCGAACAAGAUAAUCUUAAAUGAAUAGCCGUUAGCAUCACUAGUUUACUAUGGAAAUUCAAGACUUGCAUUCCUAUGCACGUUUACUCAAUUCCUUCAACACCCACAAAUCCAUUCCACAAGGACAACAACUCCACCUCCUUUUCCUCAAAAGGGGUGUCCUUUUUUCCACUCUCAACAUUGCCAAUCGCGUGUUGCAGAUGUAUGUAAGAUGUGGGGAAAUAUCUUGUGCCCGAAAGAUGUUCGAUGAAAUGACGCAAAGAAAUUCAUUCACUUGGAACACCGUUCUCGAAGGAUGCGCAAAAUCUGGUGACAAAAAUGAUUUAUUGAAUUUGUUUUUGUCGAUGCCCUACAAGAAUGAAUUUUCCUGGAAUGUGGUUAUUUCGGGGUAUGCAAAAGCUGGGGAAUUGGAUGUUGCACGUAGAUUGUUUAAUGAGAUGCCGAGUAAGAAUGGGAUUGCAUGGAAUGCAAUGAUUCAUGGCUAUGCGAAAAAUGGGUAUCCAAGAAUGGCUUUGAGGCUUUUUAAGGAUCUCCUGAACUCAGAAAUUGGGCAAAUGGGCAGUGUGUCGAGUUUGGAUAUGAUCAUAUAUACCACUGUUGUUGGAGCAUGCACGGAUUUGGGAAGUCUUGAUUGGGGAAAACAGGUACAUUCUAGGAUGAUUGUUGAUGGUAUGGAAUUUGAUUCAGUUCUGGGAAGUUCACUUGUGAAUAUGUAUGGGAAGUGUAGUGAUUUGGAUAGUGCAAGUGAUGUAUUAAAUGCAAUGAAGGAUCCGGAUGAUUACUCUAUGUCUGCUUUGAUUUCUGGGUUUGCCAACUGCUGUAGAGUGAAUGAAGCAAGAAGAAUAUUUGAACUGAUGACUAAUCCUUGUGUUGUGAUAUGGAAUUCUAUUAUUGCAGGAUACAUUGCCAAUGAUGAUCCGAUGGAAGCUAUAUUAUUAUUUGAUAGGAUGCACAAGGAGGGUGUUAGGGGAGACUCGUCUACUAUGUCUAGUGUUUUGAGUGCCUGCAGUAGUAUAGGCAUUCUGAAAAAUUGCACGCAAUUGCAUUCUCAUGUAUAUAAGUUAGGAAUUAUGUUUGACCUUGUUGUUGCCAGCGCUUUUAUUGAUGUAUACGCCAAAUGUGGAAGUCCUAAUGAUGCUUGCAAUUUAUUCAGUGACCUUAAAACUUAUGAUACUGUUUUGCUUAACUCCAUGAUCACCAUUUAUUCGACUUGUGGGAGAGUUGAAGAAGCAAAAUGCAUCUUUAAUAGUAUGCCAUUGAAAAGCUUGAUUUCAUGGAACGCAAUGAUUGUGGGUCUGAGUCAAAAUGGGCUUCCAAUCGAAGCAUUAGAUAUCUUCUGCAAGAUGAAUAAGAUGAACAUGAGUAUGGAUAAAUUCAGCAUUGCCAGUGUGAUCAGUGCCUGUGCCAGCAUUGCAUUGAUUGAACUGGGUGAACAAGUUUUUGCUAGAGCUACCAUAAUUGGCCUUGACUUUGAUCAGAUCAUUGCCACCUCCCUUAUUGACUUUUACUGCAAGUGUGGUUAUGUCAGAAGUGGCAGAAAACUGUUUGACCAAGUGGUAAAAUUUGACGAGGUUUCUUGGAAUUCUAUGUUGAUGGGUUAUGCUGUAAAUGGUUAUGGAAUUGAAGCAUUGAGUUUAUUUCGUGAAAUGAGGUGUGCGGGAGUUUUACCUACUAACAUCACAUUUACUGCAGUUUUGUCUGCAUGCGAUCAUUGUGGACUGGUACAAGAGGGGAAAAAUAUGUUUCACAUAAUGAAACACGACUAUCAUAUUGAUCCUGGUAUUGAACACUACUCUUGCAUGAUUGAUCUUCUUGCACGGGUGGGUUGUCCUCAAGAAGCUAUAGAUCUUAUUGAUCAGAUGCCUUUCAAAGCAGAUGCGAGCAUGUGGUUAUCAAUUCUUAGAGGGUGUCUAGGUAGUGGAGAUAAACCUCUUGCUAAGAAAGUGGCCCGGCAGAUUAUGGAUCUUGAUUCUAAGAACUCGGGUGCUUUUGUACAGUUAUCGAGCAUAUUGGCCUCAGCUGGUGAUUGGGAGCAAUCAGCUCUGGUGAGGAAGUUGAUGGCAGACAAGAGGAUCCAAAAGAAUCCUGGCCGAAGUUGGUGUGAUGUUUGAACCAGAGAAUGCAGAUGACUCUCAACACACUUAGAAUUUAUGCUAUCCUUAUUUACAGUAAUAUUUUGCUACCUUAAAGCAUGAAAAAUAUUAUCCUCUUUUGAUUCCAUAAUGAUCUGUAAUUUAAGGUGAAUGAAUAUAGGGUAUAGGGUAGGAACCAUUAGUUUGCAGAUCAUGGAUCAAAAAGAUUGUUCAUGUUAACCACCAAAUUGGUUGAUGAAACUAGUUCUUCGGUAGCCAUAAACCAUCAUUUGCAUGCUGUUCGAUUCAAUUUUUACUGUUAACUUUUUAAGGCAGAUAUUGUAAACCAUAAAAUUCACACUUUUUUAGAAAACUAAAAUUAAGUUUGGUUUUACACAAUCUUAAUACAAAAAAAUAGCAAAAUGAUGCACAUUACACUGGAAGGCGUCCACUAAAAUUGCAUGUCUGUGACUUACUGGAAUAAGACUAAGACAACCAUUUUGCAUCAUUUAGCACACUUCUCUGAUGAAACUGAUAUUGAUUUAAUACAUGAAGUAUAUUCUUUGCAACAGACGAAGAACGAAAGAAGAGAAAGAACAAAACCUACACAGCUUAAGUUGUCAUGCUGCAAUGAGUAGAUUAACUCCAUAAACUCUCAUGGAUCUCAUUUGAAUGGGGAACUUGAAUAUUUGGAAGUGUGGGCAUUACUCGAUUUCUGAUGUGACAAUGCUGUUUUUUUAUAAUGCUACAGCCGUGAAGAAGAAUAUAACAGAGGUUGAUCAAUUGUGAGUCUCACCUUGUUCCCCAUUCUUUUCCCUUUUUGAGGCAGCUUUUAAUUUUUUUUUUCUUUUUUGGAGGGGGGGUGCGGGCACUUUUGCUUCCAAAAUUUUUGAAAUUCUGUUUAAGAAAAAUUUAGGCUCACCAAAUAUCUUUUCUAUAAAUGUUUGGUUUUUUAUUUGUGAAAUCACAAGAUUAAUAUUAAUAACAUAACAGAAUGAUCUUGUUAUUUUCUUCUAUACUGAUUAAAUGAUUCCAGUUUUCCAGAAAGAACACGCUUAUCACUUUUUCUCUGAUUGAAGGAUUUUAGAACUGAAUUCAACAACUGUUGCUUACAAAUUGAAGCUCUCCAUCUGGAAUGACUUGCUAUGCCUAGUAAUUUGGUAUGUGCUCAGCCUCAAACCAAUGUUUUGGUCCCUCUAUAAUUCGUCUCAUUUUUCUGUCGAUAGGUUGGAUUGAUAUAAGAAUCACGUAAAUCAGGGCGAAUUCUGAUCGUUUUCUGCCAUAUAGUAAUUCAUUUUUACUGACUAUCAGUGAUUGAAUUGGAUGAUCAAGGAAAUCCUGCUCUAUUAUCGUGCUGCAUAAGGUAACCAGGAGAGAUGGUGGCACCAGUUGAUAAGCUUCAGUGGCGUAUAUGAGGUGCAGAUAGAUCACUGAAGCAAUUCAACAUGAUGAACACGAAAGAAAGUUGCGAGUAAUUCAAAUGAUAUAAAAAAAACCCUGUAAAUUCACACACAUACAAUGUAAAAUGUAUUUAUCUAGGCACAAAGUGUAGACAUGGACUAGUUCGAGUUUUGAUUUUAUGUAGUAGUAAAGUGCAUCUUUCAUGAAGACCGGUCUUUGCCCGUGCAAUGCACGGGUCACGACAUUUUGAAGCUAAUGUUAGCAUGUUCAAUAUAUAAGUAUUGACGGGAGAUA